AUGGAGGAGUUUGGAAGGCACGUUGGCAAUGUCAUCACAAUCCAGCGAUAUGCUCGUGGCUUUCUGGUGCGACUUCGCAUGUGGAGACAAGCAGUUCGUGCUGAAGAGGAGCUGUGGGCGACCCUGGAGAUCCAGCGUGUGUGGCGUGGGUAUUUGGGCCGCGUGAAGUGGGAGGCCAAAUAUGAGGAGGUUUGGCAGAAGGAAAUGGCUGCCGCCAUGAUCGAGAGAAACAUCCGCGGUUGGCUAGCACGCGCUAAGGUGGGACGCAUGCGCCGCAGAAUCGCGCGCGCCGAGUUUGAGCGUGCCCGCAGGCGAUUCCGAGCAGCGCAGCAGAUCCAGGCGCUGGUGCGUGGAGUUCUGGUACGCCUACGGUUUGUGCGGCGAUAUAUCAGAUCCAGAACAGCCGCUGUGCGCAUCCAAAGAGUAGCCAGGGGCCAUGCGCUAAGAAAGCGCUUGUGGCAGCAGGUGAAAGUACAGAAGGCCACCUACAUCGAGGCUCAUGCGAGAGGCUUCCUCGUAAAGCGACGUCGGCUUCACCUGAUUGCCAAGGUGAUGUGCAUCCAGCGUGUGUGGAGGAGAUUUCAUGAGAAGCCACCAGAAGAGCGAGAUGCUGCUGUAGCCCUCAUGAAGGAGCGCAAGGAGCAGGCAGCGAAGAUCCAGAAAGCUUUCCGGAAGCACGCCGAAAAGAAGGAAGUUCAGCGGAUCCAGGAAGCUGACGCGACCGUGAGGCCUUGA